AUGGACUUAGAAGAAAGCACACCAAUACAUGGUGGACCUACCAUGGAAACUUUCGAGCUCCCAGGCUGGGACCCGGCUGUUCCUGUGACGCACGAUUCCGGCAUUACCCAGAGCCAGAUCCUGAACUUCCGCGGCUUCGACACCUGGCAAAAGACCCUCAAGUCAUCCUUGAAGCGACAAAAGUUCAGCGACCACGAAUUCAACAACGACCCUUACGGGCUAAAGAGCAUCGAGAUCCAAAGUUACGACUUGAUUGGGAAACCAGGGACAGAAGGUCAUCAUCCUCUCUUCAUCAAAUUGAAAGCUAAAGUGGAAAGUCCACAAGGCGGAAGUAUCCCCACCGUCGUGUUUUUGAGGGGCGGCAGCGUCGCUGUGCUCAUCAUUGUUCGACCGACCGAUUCCCUGGAUGAGCGCUAUGUGAUCAUGACAGAGCAAGCGCGUAUACCCGCGGGAAGCUUGAGUUUCAUGGAGAUCCCGGCUGGUAUGAUCGAUCCGAAAGAUGAUAGUUUCGCUGGUACUGCAGCUCGAGAGCUUGAGGAAGAGGUCGGACUGAAGCUGAAGGAAGAGGAUCUGAUCAAUAUGACGGAGCUUGCACUGAAAGGCCACGAGACCGAAGAGCCGCUGCAGAACGCCAUGUACCCAAGCCCAGGAGGUUGCGAUGAGUUCAUCGUCAUCUAUUUGUGGGAGAGGGAGAUGGACAGGAUGCAGAUCGACAGUCUGCGGGGAAAGCUCGGGGGUGAGCGAUCUGAGCGGGAGCAUAUUCGCAUCAGGCUUCUCAACUAUGAGAAGCUACUGCAGGUGGGUGCGAGAGAUGGAAAAACGUUGGCGGCAUGGAGUUUAUAUGAGUAUCUGAAAAGGACCAGACAGAUCAAAUAG